GCUAUUACUUGCAAAAUAGUUGAAGUACUUAGUUGAAAAUGAAUUUAUUACAAUACUGUAGCAUAUUCGUUCUAAUUGUAGUUAGUGCAAACUGUAAAAAUAUACCAAGUGUCGACGAAGUUUGUUCUAAAUUAUUGAGCAAAGAUCUAAAGAAGGAAAUCUCAUCUUAUAAAGAUGUUACUAAUGAAAUCAUUAAAUAUGUGAGAGAAGGAGAGUUUAAAGGAGUGACAUACGAUGAACUCGCCAAAUUUGUUGAUACUUUUGGCCCACGUCCUUCGGGAAGCCAAGAAUUGGAAGAUUCAAUUGACUACAUGAUUGAAAUCACUAAGAAAGAAGGCAUACACGACAUCGUUACUGAAGAACUGGAGGUCCCGCACUGGGUAAGAGGAGAAGAAAAAAUUACAAUGUUAGAACCAAGGACGAAAGAUGUCGCUUUACUCGGCCUAGGAAAGAGCGUAUCGACACCUACUGAGGGAAUCACAGCUGAAGUUGUGGUUAUUGAAGAUUUUACAGAGUUAGAGACGAAAUCUGUUGAGGGGAAAAUUGUGGUUUAUGUUCCUGUUUUCACUACGUACAGUGACACGGUUCCAUACAGGUCUCAGGGAGCCGCGAGGGCCGCUGAAAGAGGAGCCGUGGCGAGUCUGGUGCGCUCCAUCACACCCUUCUCCAUCAACUCCCCCCAUACUGGAUCCCAAUAUUACGAGGAUGACGUCACAAAGAUACCGACAGCUGCUAUUUCAUUAGAAGAUGCAGACAUGAUCAAGCGACUCUACGAAAGAGGAGAAAAGGUCGUGUUGAACGUCAAAAUGACCUCGACAUUAGACACUAAAAUAUCAAGAAACACUCUAGUAGACUUGAAAGGCUCAGGAAAUCCUGAAAAACUGGUUAUUGUGUCUGGUCACAUCGACAGCUGGGACGUGGGGCAGGGAGCGAUGGACGACGGCGGCGGCUUGUUCAUCAGCUGGGCAGCUCCUGUUGUACUGAAACGAUUGAACUUAAUACCCAAGAGAACAAUUAGAGCCAUUUUCUGGACCACAGAAGAGUUGGGUCUGGUAGGCGCGUAUGACUACGAAGAGAAGCACAGAGCGGAAAAUGGAAACAUCAACUUCAUAAUGGAAUCUGACGAAGGCACUUUCAGUCCGACUGGUCUCGAGGUAUCCGGUAAUCAGAUGGCUCGCUGCAUAGUGGGUGAGGUGCUGAAACUGUUCAAGUCUAUCAACGCCUCCACAUUGGUUGAGAAAGGGGAGUACGCUGGUGUUGGCUCCGACAUCGGUGUUUUGACCAAGACAGGCAUUCCCGGGGCUGGUCUGCUGAAUGAGAAUGAGAAGUACUUCUGGUUCCACCACACCGAGGGAGACACCAUGAAUGUGGAGAGCCCGGAGGAGCUCGACCUUGGCACUGCGUUCUGGACAGCUGCGGCUUAUGUCAUCGCCGACUUGUCUAUCGACAUUCCUCGAUAAGAUUUACGAGUUUUAAAUAAAGAUGGCGAAUGUUUACUG